GAGCGCACGGCUGCCAUCGCGGGUGUCGCCUGCACCCACACCCCUUCAUCACCUCCAUCUCGUGCUGCAACCAUCUCUGAAGUGGCUGCCUCAGCGGGGCGGACCGGAGGCCACCCGGUCUCUGAUCUGGUCUCCGGAGUCGGAGUCGGAGACUCGACGCGCUCCUUCGGGGCCAGACUGUGCGCCUCCCGAAUCCGACCGGAGCCGCCGCGCGCCCUCGAGGCGAAAGUGAUGGAGAGGGACGUCAUGGACAAGCUGGAGGACAUGUCGUCCGUGUAUGAUUUCGACCCCAUCACCGGCAACAUCCCCGCCACAAAGGUGGAAGUCACGGUCUCCUGCAGGAAUCUUCUGGACAAAGACACAUUCUCGAAGUCAGAUCCAUUGUGUGUCCUCUACACCCAAGGCGUGGAGACCAAACAGUGGAGAGAGUUCGGCAGGACGGAGGUGAUAGACAACACCCUGAAUCCAGACUUUGUGCGGAAGUACAUCUUGGACUACUUUUUCGAAGAAAAGCAGAACCUUCGCUUUGACUUGUAUGACGUCGACUCCAAAAGUCCAGACCUGUCCAAACACCCUGCAGAACUCAACGACUUUUUGGGUCAGAUGUUCUGUACUCUCGGGGAGAUCGUCGGAUCACCAGCCAGCCGACUGGAGAAACCUCUUGGAGGGAUUCCAGGGAAGAAAUGCGGCACUAUCAUCCUGUCUGCAGAGGAGCUGAGCAACUGUCGAGACAGCGCCACCAUGCAGUUCUGUGCCAACAAGCUGGACAAGAAGGAUUUCUUCGGCAAGUCAGACCCGUUCAUGGUUUUCUACCGAAGCAACGAAGAUGGAACGUUUACUAUCUGCCAUAAAACGGAGGUGGUGAAGAACACAUUAAACCCUGUGUGGCAGCCAUUCACCAUCCCCGUGCGAGCACUCUGCAACGGCGACUACGACAGAACAAUUAAAGUGGAGGUGUAUGAUUGGGAUAGAGACGGCGGCCACGACUUCAUUGGGGACUUCACUACCAGCUAUCGUGAGCUUGCUCGAGGGCAGAGCCAGUUCAAUGUGUACGAGGUGAUUAAUACCAAGAAGAAAAUGAAGAAAAAAAAGUACGUCAACUCUGGAACUGUCACCCUGCUCUCCUUCUCUGUGGAGUCAGAGUUCACCUUCUUAGAUUACAUCAAAGGAGGGACGCAGAUCAAUUUCACAGUGGCUAUCGAUUUCACAGCAUCUAACGGUAACCCCUCACAAUCCACCUCUCUACACUACAUGAACCCGUACCAGCUGAACGCCUACGCCAUGGCCCUGAAGGCCGUUGGGGAGAUCAUUCAGGAUUACGACAGCGACAAGAUGUUCCCUGCUCUGGGAUUUGGAGCCAAAAUUCCCCCUGAUGGCCGUGUGUCGCAUGAGUUUCCCCUGAAUGGAAACAUGGAAAAUCCCUACUGCAACGGCAUUGAGGGCAUCUUAGAGGCCUAUCAUCAGAGUCUGAAGACGGUACAACUGUAUGGGCCGACCAACUUUGCACCUGUGGUGAAUCAUGUUGCCAGGUAUGCAGCUGCAGUGCAAGACGGCUCCCAGUACUUUGUGCUCCUCAUCAUCACAGAUGGAGUCAUUUCGGACAUGGCUCAGACCAAAGAGGCCAUUGUGAAUGGCGCCAAGCUUCCAAUGUCCAUUAUCAUCGUCGGAGUGGGUCAGGCGGAAUUUGACGCUAUGGUAGAGUUGGACGGCGACGACAUCAGGGUCUCCUCCCGAGGGAAACUGGCCGAGAGAGACAUUGUCCAGUUUGUUCCCUUCAGAGACUACAUGGACCGGACAGGUAACCACGUGUUGAGCAUGGCUCGCCUGGCGAAAGACGUGCUGGCCGAGAUCCCGGACCAGUUCAUUUCUUACAUGAAGAGCCGGGGGAUUAAACCCAACCCCGCCCCGCCUCCUUACACGCCCCCCGGACACACACACAUCUGACGGCGUGUCUUCAUCAGGUUGCUUUCUCUUGUUGAGAGACUGCAAACUUUCCAGGACCCGACGGCAAAAAGCCCUUUUUUUUCCUUUUUUUUUAAUCAAAACUGCGGCGUAGACUGUUUCGCAUCUCAAACGGGCAGCAGAUUAUUUUUUGGGGGGGAAACAAAGAUCUUAUUGUGGUUGAAACUUGUGCCUGUCUGUGGUCGUUUCUCGAAAAGGUUUCAGGUGAACUUUGACCUGAAACUCUGCCCUGUCAGUCAUCAGUGUGGCCAAAUACGCUGAUCUUUUCAGGCACUUUUUCCCGUCUGGAACAAGUUUUUAUAUCUGGAGACGAUCUCCAUAUUUCUGGGGGAAAAAUUCACAGUUCUAGUUCUGGAAACAUCAGUCAGGUAUUUCUCGCCAUCAGUUUCUAAGAGCACUCCACAUAUUUGAUUCUCAAGUAUUUUUCAGAGUGGCAUGAGUAUUUAAUAAGACUGUUUAAAAAGUAUCAUCUAUUUUUCUUUGAUUGCAUAUAAAAACAAUAGUUGCCCAUUUCACAGAUGACUAUAUUUUAUCAAAAUCUAAUUUACUUAAACUAGUCAAACAUAUUAAGGGUAUUUAUAUAGUUUUUACAGUUUCCUUUCAAAAUCCCGCAAUUUUUAUGCCAAUUGUAUGACUUAUUUCUGGAAACGUUCCAUUGGAAGUUUGGCUUGGGAAAUAUUGAAAGUUGGACACCUUCCAUGGGUAUUAAUCAGACUGGUUUACGUUUUAAUUAUUUUUAUUUCAGUCCCUCCGGUAUUUUGCUGCCUUUUUUUUGCCUGAAUUUGCAGCAGAUUUUUCCGAAAGUUAUUGCAAAAAUUGAGGCUUCUUGAAUUGAAAUUUGUUGCCGACCUUGUCGUGACGCUCGGGGUCGCAUGAUGGCGAUAAUUUGGUGUGUUCCAAAGAUGCAGAAAGCCGAGGAGACAACGUGCAGGUAAAAGGUGUUUAUUGGCUUUAGGGUAGGGGUAUCCAAACUAUGGCCCGCCGGCGUCUUCAAUUUGUCAUAAGGAAUCUGUCUUACAAUUCAUUUUAAAAGUCCAUUUAUAUGCUGCUGUUUUGUCAUAAUCUUGUGGGUAAUUCAGGCUCAUGACCAAUUAUCAUGCUUCACCAAGUACAGCAUUUACUUAGCUAACCCAAUGCAAACAACCUUGUCUAGUCAUGGUGCAAACCAACGAAAAAUGCCAACAGACAUGGUCACACAUAACAAUUUAUGGAUAUUACAAAAAAACGUCCAUGCACCAUAAACUAAUUCAGAAUUACACCCAUUCAAAACCAUUACAAUGCAUGAUGGGAAAAAUGCAGUGGUUUUGCCGUCAGGGCCAGCAAGGCCAUCUCUGCUGGCCUAACAUAACCAGAAAUCAUGAUCAUAAUUAAAGAUGAAAUUAUUUUUUUAUUUACUUUCCCUCAAUAUCUAAAAUGAUUCAUAUUCUCUUCAUGUCAUAUUAUGCUCCUUCCAGUGCUGUUGUUUUUAGGUUAUAGAGUUUGUAUCCAAUCAGAAUUCAGCUAGCUUAUGUUGCCAUGCUGUACCAAAUCUGCUCGGGGCCUUCAGAAUCAACAAUGCGAGCGUCCGUGCACUGUAAGUGAACAGGGACAUACAGGUGAUAGACAAUUGCGAUAGCCAAUCAGAUCACGAGUUGUUGUCAGUAAGGCCUUCUAGAUGGCCUCACGUUGAACGUGACAUUUACGUAUCCUGUGAUUGGAUACUUACUUGGACUGUAAGCGGAUGAAUUUGAGAACACAUUGAGUUUAUACACAGUUGCGAUAGCCAAUCAGAUCACAAGUUGUUGACAGUAGCCUUUCUAGGUAGCCUGAUGGUAACGAGACUGUGAUUGGAUACUAACUUGUCAUUCGAAAGUGAGUAUCCAAUCACAAGUUGCAACUUAGCAGGAAGUGUUGACCCACAAAUAAGGACAAAACGUUGAUUAGGUGGCAGAUAUACAGUAUAUUGUGAUGUUAUGAGCUAGGUAACAUUAGAACUCCAUUACCCAGCAUGCCACAGUAGUGAAGCGCAUGCGCAGUAGCCCCGUUUAGGUUGUUGAAUGUAGACAUGCCGGCAGCUGGACAUUAUUGACGAGCACACUGUGGAGUAAACUUUAAGAACUCAGCCAACAAGUCUCGUCUGCAUCUUGUAUGAUUAGACAAGACAACACAUAUAUUUGCAAGGCCAUUUUCAAGAAGGAUAUUUAAAGAGAAACUACAUCUUGUGAGACAAUGUCGGCCAACCCCGGAAGCUCGAAUGGGUUCUACAAAUUGUGAGUUCAGAUAUUUUAUUUCUUUAUUUUUUCACAUUAAAUAUGUUUUUUGCAAUUUUAAUUUUGACAGUACCACAUAAGAUAUGUUUUAAUUGCUGAUGCAGGUUUAUUGAUUUUUAAAUGUGCCAGAAAAUAACCCGUUUGGUACACUGUUGAGGUGGUUCAAUGACCAGUAGUGCGUGAGUAUUUCUCCAGCAAUGAUAGUGACAUAAAUAAUGGUAUUUUGAGAGGUAAUCAUUGAAGUCGGACAUCACUGAAGGCCUAGGUGGGAAACACAUGGCCCGCCACUGGAAAAAUGCAAUCCAUAUUUGGCGCAAUUUAGCUGCUUGAUAUUUCUGAUUGAUUACAAAUCUUUAAGGAAAUGGUCACGGACGUCCAACUAUCACAUACUCCUAAUAUCAAAUUAUAUUAACCCUGUCUGUAUAUAUAGAUAUAAUUUAAAACUUUCUUACGCUUAUAUUCCCCAUUCACUACUCUAUAUGUUUUCAUAGUAAUAAACUUUGAUUUUCGCACCUUGCCAGUUCAAGUAACUCUGAGUGAUUGAUGGAACUAACCAAUCCCAGACCAUACGCCAUCAAUCCACUGUGCCUACAUUUGACCAACCAAGGAAGACACGACACAAUUUAAACCAAUCAGAAACAAUGUGAGGCGGGUCUUUGCGUCACACCUCAGCUGUACAUUGUUUCCUAUCAUUUUAAAUUGCUCGGUGUCUUCUGUGGUUGGUUGGUAGGCACACUUCAGGUAGGCAAACAUUGUUUUACACGCUUACAAAUCUGGAUGCACUGGCUUAAAUCAUACACGGCAGAAGUGUCGCAAAAGUCACUUGUAAGUAGACAGCCUAUCGAGGGUUCUUUCUGAUUAGGGACACACAGACAACUUAAAACAUGCGUACGCGGAUCUAAAACACGCCUACGCGGAUCUACAAAUCCCAAAACCGAUGAAGUUGGCACGUUGUGUAAAUCGUAAAAAAAAAACAGAAUACAAUGAUUUGCAAAUCCUUUUUAACCUAUAUUCAAUUGAAUAGACGGCAAAGACAAGAUAUUUAAUGUUUGAACUGGUAAACUUUUUUAUUUUUUGCAAAUAUUAGCUCAUUUGGAAAAUGGUGCCUGCAACAUGUUUCAAAAAAGCUGGCACAAGUAGCAAAAAAGUCAAAGAAAGUUGAGGAAUGCUCAUCAAACACUUAUUUGGAACAUCCCACAGGGGAACAGGCUUAUUGGGAACAGGUGGUUGCCAUGAUUGGGUAUAAAAGCAGCUUACAUGAAAUGCUCAGUUAUUCACAAAAAAUGGAUGGGGCGAGGGUCACCACUUUGUCAACAAAUGCGUGAGCAAAUUGUUUAAGAACAACAUUUCUCAACCAGCUAUUGCAAGGAAUUUAGGGAUUUCACCAUCUACGGUCCGUAAUAUCAUCAAAAGGUUCAGAUAAUCUGGAGAAAUCACUGCACGAAAGCAGCAAUGCCCGUGCAUCAAAAACCGACAGUGUGUAAAGGAUAUCACCACAUGUACUCAGGAACACUUCAGAAAACCACUGUCAGUAACUACAGUUGGUCGCUACAUCUGUAAGUGCAAGUUAAAAUUCUACUAUGCAAAGCCAUUUAUCAACUACACCCAGAAACGCUGCCGGCUUUGCUGGGCCCGAGCUCAUCUAAGAUGGACUGAUGCAAAGUGGAAAAGUGUUCUGUGGUCUGACGAGUCCACAUUUCAAAUUGUUUUUGGAAACUGUGGAUGUCGUGUCAUCCGGACCAAAGAGGAAAAUAAUCAUCCUGAUUGUUAAAAGCGCAAAGUUCAAAAGCCAGCAUCUGUGAUGGUAUGGGGGUGUAUUAGUGCCCAAGGCAUGGGUUACUUACACAUCUGUGAAGACACCAUUAAUGCUAAAAAGUACAUACAUGUUUUGGAGCAACAUAUACCAUCCAAGCAACGUCUUUUUCAUGGACACCCCUGCUUAUUUCAGCAAGACAAUGCUAAGCCACAUUCUGCACGUGUUACAACGGCGUGGCUUCGUACUAAAAGAGUGCGGGAAGUAGACUGGCCUGCCUGUAGUCCAGACCUGUCUCCUAUUGAAAAUGUGUGCCGCAUUAUGAAGCCUAAAAUACCACAACGGAGACCCCGGACUGUCGAACAACUUAAGCUGUACAUCAAGCAAGAAUGGAAAAUAAUUCCACCUAAAAAGCUUCAAAAAUUGGUCUUCUCAGUUCCCAAACGUUUACUGAGUGUUGUUAAAAGGAAAGGCCAUGUAACACAGUGGUAAAAAUGCCCCUGUGCCAACUUUUUGCAAUGUGUUGCUGCCAUCAAAUUCUGAGUUAAUGAUUAUUUGUGGGGAAAAAAUUACGUUUCUCAGUUCGAACGUUAAGUAUCUUGUCUUUGCAGUCUAUUCAAUUGAAUAUAGGUUGAAAAGGAUUUGCAUUGUUUUUAUUUACUAUUUACACAACGUGCCAACUUCACUGGAUCUAAAACACGUACGGUGAUUUAAAACACACGUACGCAGAUCUAAAACACGUACACUGUGUGUAGAGUUUUGAGGAAACAAAUGAAUGUAUUCCAUUUUGGAAUACGUUUGUAACAUAACAAAAUGUGGAAAAAGUGAAGCGCGGAUAGUUGAUGCAGAUAUAUUAAUUGAUUUGGCAAUAAACAUUAACCUCAUUAAGAGUAAAAAUUUGCAUGAGCAAACAUUUAGCUUAAAGCGCCACACUGACUAUUAACUGCUGUAAUGGUCCUUUAAUGCUAACAAAGACAUUUCUUUGAAAUCCUUAUUCCACUUUUGCCAGUUUUGUCAGAAAAUCAUUGAUUUCCCCAACGAGGGGGUUGGCUCCCACUCUAAUCUUCUUCAAAGAGUGUAACGAGCAACUGCUUCCCAGGUGUCCCUCAUUCAGUUUCCCAACGUAGCAAACAACUUCAGGGUGUGGACGCUCAUUCCGGGUGUUGAUGCAAGUUCCCGUCGGGCCGAGAGCAACCAUUUACAGCGACAAUGUAAACGCUCAUCAAUAUGCAUGAGAAUGUCAAGCAUUCGUAAAUGCUGCUUUGCAUAUUGAUCACGACAGCACUUUAUUGUUAGAGUGCUCAUGAAUAUGUUUGGAAUAUUUUUUUUAUUUUUUGUUUUGUAUUUGAUGAAAAGUCAUUCCUCCCGCCAAGACGUGGUCUCCGACUUGUUCAACGCCAUUGAUCGACCGCAUGUGUCCUUGGGGUACAGGAGAGUGUUGUGCACAUGUUGCUGAUCCCAGAUCAGCCCAACCAGUCCACGAGCAUGUCAGUUUGCUGUUUCUUCUCUGUUGUGCCUGCUUCUCCCGACAUUUCUCGUCUCACCAGUGGUCCGACAACUGAGUUGUAGCAUGUCAUUUAGCAUGUUACAGUUGAUUGACUUAUUUUCUUUAACCCCAUGAUUUAUCUUUGUCGUUGAGACAGUAUUUCAUGCUGUGUUUUGAUUUGCAUGACACCCUUCAUUGUACAUGACUGUUGUCAAAUGGUGGGUCGUGAAAUGCUUUGUAAUGGA